GUUGCUUUGCCGUGUUAAUUGCACGAGGAUCAAUUAUUCUCUUCGGGUUUACCAGGGUUUCCUUACCAUGUUCCCAAGCCCGAUGACUUCAACUCCCUUUUCUGUGAAGGAUAUAUUAAACCUGGAGCAAAACCAAAGUGAAAUGACUUCACUGGAAGUAUCAUCCAGGCUAGACUCUGCCUUGUCACCUUCUUCCUGCCUGCUGGCGACAUUUAAACAGGAGCCGUACACAGAGAUCCCGUCGGCAGCCUCUCUGUUCAAUGAAGAUUUCGCUCAGACCAAAGACACCAAAAACACUUGUCUGAACUACGCCGAUGCCUUUUAUGGCAAAAAUUUAUUGGAAAUGAAUGUCAACAAAGAGGCAAAAUUGGAUACAUUUGAGGGAAACAAGAAAAAAGCACACAAAGACACCGAGGACGAGGAGAAGACAGAAGAAACUGAUCGCCCAAGACAAAGGAAAAGGAGAAAACCUCGAGUGCUCUUCUCGCAGGCCCAAGUGUAUGAGCUGGAGAGAAGGUUCAAACAGCAGAAAUAUCUUUCUGCCCCCGAGAGGGAUCACCUGGCCAGCGUCCUCAAACUCACCGCCACUCAAGUCAAAAUCUGGUUCCAGAACAGAAGAUACAAAUGCAAAAGACAACGGCAGGAUCAAACGCUGGAAAUGGUUGGGAUCCCGCCCCCGAGGCGCAUCGCGGUGCCCUUGCUGGUCAGAGAUGGCAAACCGUGCAUAGCAGACACAGCUUACAGUACUUCGUAUAACGUUGGCAUCAACCAUUACACUUAUAAUGCCUACCCUACAUUCACCAACUACACCAACCCAACCUGCAACACAAACUAUGCAUGUAACUAUCCAGCCACAGCGAUGCAAACCAUGCAAUCGUCACCAGCCAGCAAUAACUACAUGAACUUUGGUGUUGGCGACCUCAAUAAUGUACCGUCUCAAUUCCAGUCUGGCAAUGGAGUUUCUACAUUACAUGGUAUCAGAGCUUGGUAGCUUUUUUUUUUUUUUUUUUUUUUUUUUAGGAUAAUGGCAUUAGUUGUGUUAAAGGAGUUUGUUUAAUUCAUAAGUUUUCAUGAUAGAAAGUACAACAAUUAGAGAAAGUCGGUGUUAUAAUUCAGAUAUUUAAAAGACUAUUCUGAUGUGUAACUGGUAGCCUACAUUUUGCACUGUGAAAUGCAUUUGAAACAAUGUAUAUCCAUAUGUAUUACUGCCCUAGAAUGUACAGAUACUGUGUUUGAUUAUUUCUGUUGGGAUUGGUUGAUGAAUUGUAUGGUUUGCUUUCAGCAAAUUGUUUUUUGAAAGCUGACAGAAUAACGUGGGGUGCACUAUUAGCUCAGAGGUUGUCUAUUUUACUGUUCUGAUCCAUAUGGGUUAUUUCACUGACCGAUUAAAAACAUUACCUAAAAAUGUAUUGUAAGAAAAGCAAACACAAUUGUAAAUAAAGCGUGUGCUUGGAUUUCUUGGCUGUUUCGUUAUGUUUUUAAUUCAUAUUGAUAGAAAUGUGGUGCAAUCACAUUAUUAUUAUUAUUAUUAUUAUUAUUAUUAUUAUUAUUAUUAGUAGUAGUAGUAGUAGUAGUAGUAGUAGUAGUAGUAGUAAUUUACAAAUAUUUAAUUAUGAAACAAUAUUAAGUACCGUAGGGCAUCUGUAUGUUGCUUUUUUGCGUCAAAAGCAUGCAUUAAAAUACACUAAUUGAUGUAGCUUAUUUUCAAGUAGGUUUAACACUUCUUAAAACAUUGGAAUUUUGAAUGUAAUGCUGUUAAAUAAAUAUAUAAGUAAAUAUAAGUUUUGUUGAAUUUAUUUUUUAACCAUUUUUGGUAUA